GCAGGCAGCGGACUGGAUCCCCGUGUGGUUUGUAGAGCAGCAAAGGCCACUCCGCCCUCCGGUGACAAGGUCACAAGGGGACCGGCCCCUCCGCCAGCAAGCCGCCGUGCUGGGUUCCCGCCGUCGACGCGCUCGAGCAGCGACCGAGUUACGAGGUCUGUGGCCAUAGAAAUGGAAUCUUAUAUGGCAGUGAUAGCAGAGAAGGCACCUCCUUUGCAGUUGAGUGGUGCUGGUACGAGUAUGCUAUCUGAAAUACAGACUGCUGAUGGUGAUGAAUAUUUUAUUCAGGAACUUGAGCAAGAGAAUGGGAACCAUAUCCUCAACAAUGAACCAGAUGAUGACCUCAAUGAAUGCCAGGAAGACACAGCUGAAGCAGAAGUUGAUUGUGAUGAAGACUACUUUUUCCCGAGUCCAGAUGAAGUGGAACAGGCUAGGCCUCCAGAGGUUGGCAUGGUAUUUGCUAUGCUAGAAGAUGCUCAUCGUUUUGUCAAUGUCUAUGGGCAAGUUACUGGUUUUGUGGUGUUCAAAGGAAGAAACUACAAGCACAAGAAAAUAACGUUGCAGUGCAAUAAAAGCAAGAAGGCAAAAGAGAAUGAAAUACGGCAAAGGAAAAGGAAAAGAAAUGCCAUUGAGAGAACUGGCUGCCCCAUGAGUCUGACUGUGAAACUUGUUGCAGGAAAAUGGGAGAUUACGGCAGUUCAAAAUGAACAUAACCAUCCACUUUCAAAUUCACCUUCGUUGACAAGAUUUUUUCUCAGCCACAAGUACAUGUCCGAGGAAGAGAGAAACUUCUCUAGAAUAUUGCAAGAAACCAAAAUUAAACCAGCAAAGAUAAUGCAAAUUUUCAGGAAACUAAGGGGCAAAUUCAAGAAUAUACCUGUCAGCAAAAUGGCUGUCAGCAAUUUGGAACAGUUUGACAGGCUAAUGAAGACAGAAAAUACAGAUAUAGAAAGCACACUGGAACAUGUCAGAAGAUUGCAGAAGGAGCAACCUGGGUUCUACUACACUAUAAAAACUGAUGGAGAUAACACUGUAAGAAGUAUCUUUUGGACAGAUGCGCAAGCUAGACUUGAUUAUGCAUUAUAUGGAGAUUUCAUUUCUUUUGAUACGUCUUAUAGCACUAUUGAAUAUGACAUGCUGUUUGCAUUGUUAAUUGGAAUGAAUGGCCACGGCAAGAGAACUGUAUUUGGUUGGGCCUUACUUGAAGAUGGGAGAGCAGAGACAUUCUCUUGGUUAUUCAGGACAUUCUUGGAUGUAAUGGAUGGCAAGAAACCAAAUACAAUAUUGACACAUCAGGAUUCAGAUAUAACGAAAUCAAUUGCAGAGGUAUUCCAUACAGCUUUUCACAGAUUCGACAUGUGGCAUGUGAUGAGGAAAGCUACAGAUGAAUUGGGAAGUUUUAUGGCUCACAGAGUUGGAAUGGAAACUGAGGUAACACACCUAGUUACGAAUUCUGUAGCUACUGAAGAAUUUGAGUAUGGUUGGCAAGCAAUGCUUGAGAAAUAUGACGCAGCAUCAAAUGCACACUUGGAUCUCAUGUAUCAGACAAGACUAAUGUGGGUGCCAGUUUACUUCAAACAUGUGUUUAGUCCAUUUACACGAUCCACUGGAUGUAGCAUGAGCAAAAAUUCAAUCUUCAAAGACUAUGUCCAACAAAAUGAUACCAUAGAAACUUUCAUCAGCCAAUAUGACAUCUUCCAGGAGGAGGCUGUUAGCAUUGAAGAUGGAGACAGAUUUGAGUCAACCCUAAAAAGGCCAACAUACAGUACAAGGCAUCCAAUCGAAAGGCAUGCUGCAGAAAUAUACACGAUGGGAAUGUUCUUGAGAUUUCAGAAGGAGCUACUUGAUGCAUCAGCUUUCAAUGCUUUUGAAAAAGAAAAGGACAUCAUGUAUACAGUGAAAAAAGCACUGGACUAUGAGGAUGCUGAAUUUCUUAGAGACUCCUUCUCUGUUGAAGUUGACUUGAAAACCAACACGUUUAAUUGCAUAUGUUCAAAGUUUGAGCGAGACGGGAUAGUUUGUUGCCAUGUUCUGAGACUUUUCACACAGUUCAGCAUCAACAAGAUACCUGAACACUACAUUAAACCAAGGUGGACCAAGAAGUUGAGGGAGCAGGAAUUACAUAAGUACUGCUCAGAAAAGAUAGUAUCAGCUGUUUCGCAAAGCACCCUGAGAUAUGCUAUGAUAAUGAACAGGAUGGCAGAUAGUUGUGCUACUGUAAGCAAGGAUCCGGAUCGAAGUAAAAUAUUCUUGGAAGAGCAUGAAAGAAUUUUGCAGAAGCUGACAGAUAGAGAAUAGGAGGCUUCAUGAGAUAAAUUAAAGUGCAACUACACAAGAAGACAAUAUUGUGUUUCUGCGAAUUAAUUUUCUGUAAAGUUGGGUUGUUCAAGGGAUAAGACAGUUUUAUCUUCCUUAGGUGGUCAUAAGUAGUUUUCUCUAGUCCCAAUCUGUUUUAGCCCAUUGUAAAUUGUCAUCGUGACCUUUUCCCCUAGGCAAGGAGAAAUAUCAAUCUAGUACAGCUCUCUUUCCCAUCCUUUGUGCGCGUGGCUGCCUUUCGUCGGAAUUUAUACCAUCUAAUCCUACCCCAUGGCAUUUUGAUA